UAACGCUUUUCAUUACCGUCUUAUUUUCUUCUUUUUUACGACCAAGAGAAGAGGGAGGCGAUCGGAUCCGUAAAGGUCGGUUCCUUUGCCUUCCCCUUUCUCCUCCUUCGGGGAAAUCCGUCGAUUUCGUCUUGUUGAUCGGGUCGAUCGGUAAGGAGGGAGGCAAGAAACGAGCGGAACGAUGGCGGAGAAGCAGCGAUGCCAAGAGGGCCACCGGCCGUGCGCCAACAACUGCAGCUUCUUCGGGAGCCCCGCCACCCUCAACCUCUGCUCCAAGUGCUACCGCGACUUCCGCCUCAAGGAGGAGCAAGCCGCCUCCGCCAAGCUUGCCGUCGAGAUUUCCCUCUCCCCACCGCCGUCCUCCGCCGCCACUGUCUCCUCCUCCACAGCACCAUCUUCGCCCUCGGAAAAACCCUCCGAGGCCGCUGCGGAGCCGGCGCCGCGUCCGACGCGGUGCAAGUCGUGCCGGAAGCGGGUGGGCCUGACGGGGUUCCGGUGCCGGUGCGGGUCGACCUACUGCGGACAGCACCGGUACCCGGAGCGGCACGCGUGCGCCUUCGACUACAAGGCGGCGGGCCGGGAGGCCAUCGCGCUCGCCAACCCCGUCGUCAAGGCCGACAAGCUCCGCAGGAUCUAGUGUAAAGGGGAGCCGUCCGAUGGGAUCUCCUCCCUCCAUGCGGACGGCCAGGAUCUCCUUGGUUUCCUCGUGUUAAUAAUGGAGAUCGCGAUCAACUGUAUUGAUGAUAGAUGAAUUGGAAUCAGGUCCAUCUCGCAACUCUCCGUCUCUCUGAUGAAAUGAUAUCGCUUUUGUAUCAAAAAUAAAUGUCUUCUCAUCAGGUGCAUUGAUUUAUGACAUGGCGUUUUAUUUCACUCA